AUGUUGCAGUGGGGAAUGGCCGCUUUGCUCGCAGUGGUGGUGCUGUGCGCCGCCGCCUCCGCCUCCAACGUCGAGAAUUUCUUCCAAGAGAACCGCCGCCUGGCGAAGGCGAUGGUGGAAGCUCUGCAAGACUCCAAGUUUGACGAGGAGCUGCUGUUUGAUCUGAAGAAGGAGAACCAGGUGUACCUGAACCGCACCAUGUCGCUGGUCAUCAAGUAUAUUGUUAAACGCGAGGUAGACAAUUACCGCUCGCGGCGCACCGAUGCGAUCAGCCGGCGGAUCUACUCCUCACUCGUCAUGAAACUUAUCGAUAUUGCUAAGGAUCUACCCCGCAACACAACGGCUCAGAGUCGCAUCGAUACCGCACAUCGGUACUACAUGUCGGUGGAGAGCAGGGACAUGCACGACCAGAUGGCAGACGUCCAGGUGUUCCAUGCUUGCGCCAGGCUCUAUGAUAUAAUGUUCACUGCUCCUAGGAUUUUAGCUCAGCUGGGUAAGCUAGACGACCUGACGCCGAGGAUCUUGGUCAGGAAACUGAAUGACAUGGAGAUCAAACCAGUACAUCUUGGAGUAGCCUUGCUCAUACAGUACCACCUCCGCAACACAGUGAACUUUGCGAUCAGAUCUAAGACAUUAGAGGUUCUAGCUACUAAGCCGCAGAUGGUGGGUCCUCAAGUGAUAGACAUGUUGAAGGCCCUCGCUUCCAAGAUGCUGCCCAUUGCUGAGCUGUUGGAUAUCCACCUGGCACACUCCAGCCCAGCUUUCAAAGACUCCUGCCCCAGCACCUGGCUUGGUAUCGUUAAUAACAAACAGGCUUAA